AUGUGGUUCUUUACUGUUGAGUAUAUUAAUGAUCAGUUUACUAACAUCCAACUCACUUCGGAUACGUGGAAGAAACUUCAUUGCCGAAUUCCUUUAAGAACAUCAUCAUGUCAAAGAAUGAACCACUUGAACACCAUCAGGGAGCAGAGGAUUGGAGCCAGUCCUGUGCCUGACAUGAUGGACCCUCAGAAUAUCUAUCUGUCCCAUCCUGGGAACCGCACGACUCCUGGAAGACAGGGGCAGCCACCGGAGGCGAUCACUUACUCCAACUCAAGAGAAGCCCAAUAUCUUGCAGGAAGCAUCUUUCCACAGAACCCACCUCUGCCAGGACAGAUGCCAGCAAGAGGGAGAGCCACACAUGGGCAACACACUCCAUUCCAACAUCCGGCAGGGACACCCGGCCCGCAGACUUGGCCAGGCAUGGCUCAGCACACACAAGGACCUAGAAACACACAGCCCCUACCUGGAAACCCUUCCAAUCCUUCCGGGCACACCUCAAAACAGUUCCAGUGGAACCUGUCAUUCCAGUCUUUUUCUACAUUUGAUUUAAAGAAAUUCACUGUUGAGGAAGCCAAAACACUAGGGACCAUCCAGAUCCUCAUUGGCCUGAUGCACAUCUUCUCUGCAGUCAAUUAUUGGAUGUAUACUGCAAAUAUACUUGGGAACUCAGGAUAUCUGAUCUGGGGAGGAAUAGCCUUUGUUGUCUCUGGAUCCCUCUCAGUUUGGAUUGCAAAGGACCCCAACCCUUGCGUGGUAAAUGUCAGCGUUGGCGCCAACAUAAUCAGCGCCAUCUGCUCAUUGCUGGGGAUCUGCAUUACCAUCACAGACUUGAUCAAUAUCAAUAGAAGAUUUAUUUGUACUUGCACCUUCACGGUGUCUCCUACUAUCUUCCCCUUCUCCCUCCUGGAGUUCAUCCUCACAUGCGCAGUUUCAUUUUGGGGGUUCAAGGAUGUCUGCUGGAACCAAGUGUGGAUCUCCAGACCGGAGCCCGGCACAGCCAGUGCCUACCCAGCCAGAGCCGCCACCAUGCCAGUCAAUGUGAACACCGGCCCUGCCAAUGUUUCCAACCACCAGACCCACAUCACCAACCCCCCUGCCAGCUUUCCCUACCCCAGCAGCACUCCCCUGGAUGUACCCA